AUGUUACUAUUGUCAUACAACAAUGGCGACAUACAAAGAGCUGUUGCUUUGGGAAAAUGGACAAAAUGUUCGUUCAGACGACAAAAAGGAAUUACCAGGAUCAUGAAUGUUGACAUGAUUUUGUUCUUAAUCAUGUCGGGUGUUUACAUUAUUUUUGGAGGACUCGGGAAUAUCAUUAUUUUUACAGUGUACAGGCGACAAAAGGAGAUUUAUAACCAGAAAACUUUCAUUAAAACCCUUGCAGCAUUGGAUUUAUUUAUCUGCAUCGUAAUCAUUCCUUACACUAUCUUCUAUGAGCUUCAACGUGUUCAAAAUGAUGUGAUUUGCCGAAUGAUGGAAAUAGUGCGUCACAUGGCAACACUUACGAGUAAUUCUGUUCUCUGUGCCAUUGCUUUUGAGAGAUAUGUUGCAAUCUGUCACCCGGCGAGGAAGCUUGACCAACAUGCGAUAAGAAAAAUCAUGAUUUCUUUGACAAUAGUGACUGUUCUAUUUUCAGCACCCGCUCCAGCAAUUUUUUCUGUAACAAGAAGUAAAUCAAAGGGAACAUUCGAUGAAUACUGUCAGUUCACAACGUCUGUAAUAGGCAUCCUGGGUACUACUAUUUAUCAGGGGUUCCUUAUGUUACUUUGUUUGUCUGGAAUUCUAAUCACUGUUUUGUUAUAUGCUCUAAUCUAUAGAAGACUCUUAAAACGUGUUCUUCGUCGCCGGCGUUCAAUGUCUAGACCUGUUACUCCGAGUAAGUACGUAGUAAGAAAAAUAAAUGAGGGAAGAGAUCAUACAGCUGACCUAGCAAACGAAUUAAGUGGAACUGAAAACGAAGUCGUUUUAUGUUUAGUUGAAAACGAAUCUUUAAUGAGAUCCAAAAAAGAUCAAAUGCAACGGAAAGGAGCGUUCGAAACAUAUUCCUCAAAAAUAGUAAAUCCUACACCAACAGAGCCCGAGAACAACGAAUUAUCGAGUGAACAUGAUUGUAGUAUACAUACCAAUUAUCAAAAAACAAGAGGGAAUACGGAAGAUCAUGAGGACUUUUCCGAGCGAAGAAAACCUCGUGCUAUUAAACGUAGACCAAAUCGCCAUCAAGCCAAACCAAAUGUGAGACGGAAAACUUCUAUUAUGCUUUUUGUUUGUUCUUUGAUCUACGUUGUUACAUGGACACCUUUUUGGUUGGAUGUUUUUAACGUCACACAUAGUCUUGUUUUGCGCUACCUUUUCUUUUUUGGCCAUGCUAGUAAUCCUGUAGUUUAUGGAAUAGUUAAUAACCAAGUUCGAGCUGAUGUCAUUAAACUACUCAAACGACGGUGA